AUGAGGGGAAAGCAGUUGAAGGUGCCUACUCUGUAUCCAGAAGUUGGCUGCCGCUUCCUCACCCACACCUGUCCAGUCACCAGAUAUCCUGGCAUUUCAGAGGACAUGGAAGGCAGAAAGAGGUCUGAGAAGAGACCUAGACUGAGACAGGUAUCCUCGGGGUCUUCAGACUCAGACUUAAACCUGGAACAGACUGAUGAAUUCCAGAUAUUAGAUCAAAUUGACUCCAGUGAGAGUGAAGUGGAGAUACUGUCUGAAGCGCUUGAUUCCAAGACUAUGGACAAGCUCAUCCUUAUGGUGAGGAAGACUUUGGAGAUAUCAGAGGAUCUGCCUAAAGUUGACGCUUCAGCUAAACACUUAGCUGAUCUUAACAAGCAGAAGCUUUCCUUCCCCCUUCAUAGGACUAUCAAAGAUUUGAUCACCUCAGAGUGGGAGAAAUCAGACAAGAGGGUUCCUAUUUUGAAUAGAGUGACAAGACCUUACCCAUUGGAGGAAGACAUUUCCAAGAGAUGGGUGGCCAGAAGAACUACACUAAGCUUGGAUAGUUCCGCCUCCUUACAGGAACACAUUGAUAAGAAGCUGGAUUCUAACUUAUCCAAGAUUUAUACUGCAGCUGGAGCAAGUUGUCAUCCCACAGUAGCUCUCACGACUGUAUCAAGGGCCAUGAAAAGCUGGAUUAGAGACCUCGAUUCAGAAGUUGAAAUAGGUGUGAAGAGAGCUAAUCUUUGUGAUGCUAUUUGGGAUCAACUGACUUCUUCGCUGAAGCAUCCCUGGAUAUUAUGA